GUCGUGCAACCUGAAAAAUUCGACAUGUCGAAGAAUUUCAAGGCUCACAAGCAACUACUGGCUUUAAGUAGCGAAGUUUUCGAAGCGAUGUUCUACGGUCGGCUUGCCGAAAAAGACACCGUGGUCAUCACGGACCUCCACCCUGAUGGGUUCUACGGCCUUCUGAAGUACGUGUACGCGGGACAGGCCAGGAUCGAAAAUUGUUUUGAAGCCUUGCACACAAAGGCUGCAGCAGAGAAAUAUCUCUUCCCAGAGCUCACAACUGCUUGCCUGGCCUACCUUCGCAAGCACAUCGAUGCCAGCGAAGCAUUGCUUGUGCUCGACUGCGCCGUCGUGAGUGGGUAUGGAUCGCUUGACAAAGUGGCAGAAGCGGUGCUCGUUAACACAAGCGAGGAUGUGCUGGGUUCCGACGCGUUCCUCAAUAGCCGUCUGGAGAUGGUGCAUCUUGUGCUGGACAAGGUGACAAAUGUACGAGAGAUUUGCGUAAUCCAUGCGGCGCUAAGGUGGGCGCGAUCACAUUGCCAGACGGGUGCCAUGGACUUCAGGACGACCGUUGCCGCGUUCCUGCCGAAGCUGAGGUUCUUGGCGCUGUCAUCGUCGCAAUUCGUGGAGUUCAUCACCUCCGAGGACGCGCAAGGUGUGAUGGAAAAACAAGACGCGUUCUCCAUUUUGUGCAACUUGAUCCACAAAGGGUGCGCUGAGCUGCCAGAAUGGGUAUGCCGGGAGAGUAUGCCACGCCGUCCGACAGUGGCAGAUGACCAGCCCGAUUUGUAUUUUAGCGACAGGUCUGUCUCGUAUGGCAGUGCCAGUGACAGUGACUGGUAUGACAACGACUAUUGAAAAAGGUUUAGGCCACUGGUGGUCCGAUUUCUCCAUCAAACGCACGUUAAGCGCAGAAGAUAUCUUGUUGAACAACCAAUGUGCCUGUGGUUAAAAUGUGCUGCAUUAAAACGAGAUAAAUUGUGUAACUGCUGACACACUGUUCCAUAUUUUUGAGUCACUGAAUUAUUAUGCAAGUGAAAGAAAAAUUGGGUACCAAUUCUAAAAGUUUUCAGCUGCGCAGCAACAGCCAUCAAAAUUUUACACUGCUUCUGU